UUACGCGUCGACGAUACAGUUCAGUUCAGACCCGGAACUAGAAUCAGCGCCGAAGCGGCAUUGACCGUGAAUUUGCGCAAGUGCUAAACUGAAAUAUGAUUGCGCCAGACUGUUUACGGGUUGCCCCAUCACAGCAAAGCUAUCCCGGGCAUUUGAUUGGUCGGAUUGGACAAAGUUAUGAGGAUUUCCAAGGGCAAAAGUCAGGGCAUUGUAGGCAUGUUGUACCGAAAUGGGGAAAUGGACGAAAAAAUUGCAAUAAAAGUAGUACAGUAUCGCAAAAUAUUUCACGCUUCGGCAAUGAAGCUGCUGACUUGGCCGCGUUAUUUAAAUCCUCCUUUUCGAUCACUGACAAAGACGAACGACUUUUAUCUUGCGAUUCCGGUAUAGCAGUUUCCGAAAGAUCGUACUUUGACUACGAUGACGAAUCCAAUGUUGAGUCGAAUGGAAAUAAUUCAGUGCCGGAAUUCUCCAACGUUUCGUUGGAUAACUCACAAGGUGAUAUUCCCAUCGACUCAACAUUACUACCUUGGGAACUUCCAGGUAUAGCGCAACAACUUGCUAUAAUUCAUCAGGCUGAAUACUAUUUUUCCGAUGAUUACUUGUCAAGAGAUGCUUAUUUUUUACGACAAAUACGAAGGAAGAAAGAAGGUUAUCUCAGCAUGAAGCUCAUAACUAAUUUUAAAAAGAUUCGAAAACUUGUUAAAGAUCCCCGAAUUACCGCGUACUGCUUAAGAAAAUCUAAAGCACUUCGGGUAAAUGAUGCAGGAACGAAAGUCAAGAGAAUUCUUGAAGUACCAUGCGAUUUGAGAAGAUUUCAACCCCAGAACAGUGUUCUUGUUAUUGGAAUUCCGGAAAGGUUAGCAAAAAUUGAGGCUGUUAUGAAUGUAUUUUACAAGUGCGGAGACAUGUCUUCUGUUCGUCUCAUCAGACCUGGGAAAGACUGUCCGGGAGAAAUUUUGGAGCAUUUGGAAAAACGCAACGACAGAACGCUGUGGACAAAAGUAAAUGCUGUUAUCGAAUACGAAAGGAGCGAAUCCGCGAUGGCCGCCUGUCGAUUUUUGACGAAUUCAAGGAAGUCACACGGAAUAGAAAAGGUUUGUCUUCUGGCAUAUGAAUCUAAUUCGAAGCCACACCAGCCAAAACAGCGCAGAAAUUGGCGGACAGACCAUAAUCCUGCCCAGAAUCGUAUCGCAAAAGCUGGGACUGGACGAGAAUGGAAAUCGGAUGCAGUUAGUAACAUGUCAAGUGAAUUCAUUGAAAAAGAAGAAAACAAAUCGGACAAUGCCUGGAUCCAAGAUGUCGUUAAUCACGUAUUACAUCAGUCUUCGAAAACGUUGUCAGAUCACGGUAUAGGGUCAAGUUGUUCAGAAAGCGAUUCGGAAAAUAAACUUAGAAAAGGCGAAUACUCGAAGUUGCAUUCGGAUUUAAAAUCUGACACUCAGGAUCCUUCAAAUGAAUCAAACAGUCGACAUGCUUACGGGAUUCGAUCUUAGCUUAAGUGUGUUCAUUUUAAAUUGGUUGAAAAAUUCAACGGCCGAAAGAAAUUUUAUUACAGUAAUGACAAUGCUAUUCAGAGUAUCCACUGAAAUUUUAAAGCCACAAACCCAACCCAAAACGCCGGGCAAGGCGAGUAAUGGAUAAUCAAUGAAAAAUUGUGUAAAUUUGAUGUUUGUAUGGGGUGGUUGGAAAGGAUGUCCCAGUCUGACAUUUAUGCGAGUAUGAACGAAAGAGCUUCUAUGCGGCGCCAUUCGUCGAUGGAUGACGUCACCAGAGUGUGAACGUGCAGUCACUCACUCUUCGACUGGGUUUUACCUUUGUAUUUUAUUGUAAAUUAUGGUGUAUCAUUAAUCAAUUUUGUUUGUAUAUUUUGUAUAAUAUUUGACCCAGGUCCAGCGAUCUUUCCAAUAUGUGCCAUGACUGUUUAUUGUGCCAGUCAAAUCUUGUGUUUGUAUAAUCUUGUAUGGUGAAAAUAUAUAUUUAUAUAAAAAAUAUUUACAA